GAGUCUGGAGUCCUUAUUUGAUGACAGUCUUGACAGUCUCACGCUAACACUCAUUGUGGGCUCUCUUAAAGGUGGAGUACUCCCAAUGGAGAAACAAGAACAAGCCGAGGGUGCUGUUGGAGGAGAAAGAGAUCAGUCAGUCUUGCAAACAGAAGCGGCACAAUCUAUGGAAACUUGGAACCCACAGAAAACAGCCGCGUGGCUCUGUGAAAUUGGUCUACCUGAGAAGUAUGCUGACAACUGUCAAAAUGAAGGCAUCAGCGGACGCGCUUUAUUAUUGUUAGCAUCAAAAGACCAUAAGCAACUAUGUUCGGCUCUUAACUUGAAAAAAGGACCCGAAGCCGUCUUGAUGGAACGUCUGAAACCGCACUUAGAGACAUUUGAUCGGGAAAAAGCACAGAAAGCCUGCGCAUCUACAGAGGAGAUGAAGGGAUGGACUUGUGCAAAGCUUUGUCGUUGGCUAAGGGAACUUGGAAUAUCAGAAGAAUGUUUAAAAAAAGCAGAAGAAGAGGAAAUUAAUGGCCACGCCUUUGUGUUAAUGAGGACAUCUAGUGAACUGAAGGAUUGCUUGGAUUUGAAAGUUGGCCCGUGGAUUGUUCUUCAGCAUGAGGUAUCACUGCUAUAUGAAGGAAACAGUGAAAGAGAUUCCGGAGAUAAACUCCUCCAGUCAUUAGCGACAAAAGAUUUGGAUGAGCCUAAAAACCCACUAAUCCCAGAGGAUCCCACCACAACAAAAAAAUAUUCAGAUGCAACACCAAAGCCGCUUCUAUCAAUGGAAGAAAAAAAGCUUUUACUGCUAAACAACGCCCUUAAAAUAGAUGUGAAAUCUGCAGAAGAUCCUGCCGCUGCAAGUAUAGGUAGAUGUGAAGUGAGAUCAAUUUUUGUUAAACGUGGCAAGAGUGCAAAUCCUCUAGAAGAUUUAUUUUGCUUUAUUGUAAUCGCAAAAGAGGAGCUAACAGAUGACAAACCUAGAAAGUUAUGGACAAAAAUUGUGGAGAAAACAGAGGAUUGGAUGAAUUUAUUAUCUGAAGAGCAGUUGAAGGUAUUUCGGUGGAACAAGAUAUCCAAAGAAAUUGUAUACUACGAGCCCGGUAGCGAGAGCAGCGGGGAGAGGUUGUCUCUGCGAGAUGAUGGGAAUGUAUGUCAGAUUCCACUCGACAAUCUCAAAGACCGUGAAUUCGAAAAGAAGUACUUCGUUAUAUUGAUAGAUAAACAGCUGGUGCCCAGUUCAAAGAAGACGUGCGUUUGCAGAUUUUCUUCCCACAGAAAACACACAAGACUAUAUGACAUAAAACUAAAACUAGAAAGUCGUUAUCAUGCGACAUUUGAUGUAAACCAAAUAGACCUAAAGUGGAGCAAGCAUUUUAAAUCAUUAAAGAACGCAUCGUGUGGCUUGUUUGAGGAUGAGCCAUCUUUACCUCAAAGUAAAGGUCAAGGGCCAAAUCGUGAUAAACUAAGUUAUCAAACACCGAGACAUUUCAAUAGGGACUGUGGAAAAACUAGUUACACUCAAGGUUUUAUCUUCGAUUGUUGGGAGACUGGCCCAAAAGAUAUGAUCGAACCCAUACACGAGUACAAAAUACUCCGAACAGGUCUCAACUCUAGCGAUGACGAUAUUUUGGAAAAGUUUGUCUUCGAGACUUUGAGGUUUGCAUGUGGCUGUCUUAAUGAAAGAACGAAUGGAACGAUACACUUUGGAGUGGCAGACGAAAAGGAAACCCAAGCCUGUGGGUACAGCCCAAGGGAAAUUGUAGGCACCGAGGUCAGAGACGAGCCCUCGUACGGCGAAAAACUAACAGAGUUCAUCAGCAAAUGCUUUGUUGGCUCAAGUAAAAGUAUUGUUCACAGAUGUAUUCGACCACCUGUUUUUAUACCCGUAAGAGGUUCACUCACCGAAGAAGGGUCUAACUAUAGGGUGGUUAUAGAGGUUGACAUUGAACCGGCCUAUUCAUUUUGUAAAGGGGAGACUUUCGAAGUUUGUUUUAAGGAUCUGAAGCGGGAGAAAAAGGAUCGUGGAGCUUCAAUCUAUGUUAGACAUGGAUCGAGUACGAAGGCAAUUGUUGACCUUCCGGAACAGAGGGAGUAUAUGAAAAACCAGCCCAAGUUAGACGAGGCAAGGAAGGAUCGUGAGCAAGCAUUACUGAAGCAGCCAGUGGUAAAUCAAGAGUCUACUCAAGACCUUUUUAAUAAACUCAGGAGACUUCUCUGUGGAAACAAAAAGGUCUUAGACUAUUCGGUUUACCCGAUUUUAGUUGUGACCAAGCCAGAUGCCAGUAUGAUACAAUCCGUUUUAGACGAAACGUUUCGUUUUAUUCAAAAAAUCAAUUGGCUCACAGUCUUUGAUUUUGACGAUCAAGGUUCAGAUAUCGGUGGCCUUUGUAAGGUAUUCAAGUCUGGCUUUCAUUCGCCUCAGGUAGACAUACACGAAGCAGAGGAUUAUGACAAAGAUAAUGAGGCUGUUGAAAACAUCUAUUACAAACCUGCCUGGAUAUUUGGAAAUGGUUUCGCGAAACUAAACAAAGAGGCAGCAGGGUUUAGGCAGUGGCACAACUCAGAGCGGAAAAGGGGUCUGAGCAAAGUUAUACAAUCUUUUGCAAAGACAAUUCCUGGAGUGAGGGCAGUAGUGUUGUUUCUGUUGCUGUCUAAAGACUAUCAAGCUGUAGCGGACAUUUUUGAAGAAUUCUGCACAUACUUUGAUGGUCCUAACCAGUUAAUUUACGUGGCUGAGGAUUCUGACAUUGUUACAGAUUGGGAGGUAAAUCUUUCAAAAACCUGCCUAGAGGAACAUGAACUGCGAGAGAGGGGAAUUGUUGGAAUGUCGUGGAGUGAAUUUCAAGAGUGUGUGGAGCAUAUGACUUAUGGACUAAGCCGGGACCAACGCUAUGUCAUCAUGGCGACGGGAACUCCUUAUCCCAUGGGAAAUGUUUCAUUUGGCAUUGAGAUUGUUAGUGCUAAAGAAUGCGAGAGUGAAUUAAAAGGUUUAAGCUCUGCAGAUAGUUCAAAGAUGUCGUCCGAGGUAGAGGAAAACUUUUAUCGAGGAUAUCCUGUGAUGUGGAAGAAUUUCUGGUUCACUGAUUUUCAUAAGGAUCAUGUUCUCCAACGUGAUAGUUACCCGAGUUUGAAGAAGUUGAUAGAAAAUGUGCAUUCUCGUGGAUCAGAGGGAAGGGUACAAACAAUCACCAUAUAUCACCAUAUAGGUGCUGGAGCCAGUACCAUGGCGAGGCAAGCCUUGUGGGAUUUUCGUAACAACCCACAGUUUCCUUACCGUUGUGCUGUAAUAACAAACAUUGAUCACAAUACUCCCACAGAAAUUUUCCAGUUGAGAAAGAUUGGCUAUGGUGAAGACACUAAAGCAGAGAUUCCACCAGUUUUAGCACUUGUUGAGGUUCCAGACGAUUUCAUGUUUAGAGAGCUGCGGUCACAAGUUGUCGAUCAGGCUCUCAAAUUUACCAAAACAAUUUCUCCUGCUUGUAUAUUUCUGUACUGCAAACAUACGCAAAAUCCUAAACAGUGCUAUGAAAAAGAAAAAAAAUCAAGUGUUUACCUUGAGCAGCAGCUUAGCCAAAGAGAGGUGGUGUGGUUUAAAGAAAAGUACACAGCAAUGAAGCAACAACUGGAGGACAAAGACCCAGAACAUGACUUUGAGAAGUAUGCAAACGAGAACUUGAUUUCUUUUAUGAUAAUGAAGGAGAACUACAAUCCAGAAUACGCUUCCAGUAUUGUGGACAGAAAUUUGGAGCAUAUUACUAGCAAUGACGAAUUGACGUUGUUGAAGUUUUGUUCCCUUCUCAAUAUCUAUAACCCCUACCCAGUGUUUGCGUCGUGUUUUGAUACAAUGAUGCUUUCUCCAAGUGUCCUUCGCAAGAAAAUCUUUAUGGACUGGGUUGAAUACCUCAGCCACUCAGCCCGAAUUUUUUUGCGAGAGGUGGACUGUAGUACGCACUACGGCACAGGGAAGGCCAUCGCCAUAGUUCAUCCAGUCAUUGCGAAUGAGUUGCUUGACAAGAUCACAGCAAGAGAAAAAAAAACUGUGAGUGAAGUUGCAGUGGAGUUCUUAGAGUCUCCUUUGCUACAAAGUGAUGCGAAGUCGUUCACGUCAGUCAUUCUACGUGAAGGAGCAAACAGAAUGCUAAAGCACCGAAGGAAGUAUGAGUAUGGCGAUGACGAGCAAACUAAGUUUACACCGUUAAUUGAGAAGAUUUUAUACGUACUAGACAUAGAUGAUAGGAAGCAGCCUACGGAAGAGAGCAUAAAGGAUGCAGCCAUCGUCCUUGAGAAAGGGUUAGAGAAAUUCAAGGAUCCUAUGCUCGCUCAACAAAUGGCUAGAGUUUUUUACGUGAAUGCUAAAGCCCUAUCAGGAAAAUCUAAAACAAGCCAGUGCUUUGACAAUGCAUUAGAGUUUUGCGAGAAGGCCAUCGCGAUGAAUCCGAAGAAUUCUUUUCUUUUGGAUACCAAGGGCCGCAUUUAUGAGAAUAAAAUGAAAGCUUUUUAUGGCCAUAUCCGCGAGCAGAACAUCGUGACAAACAUAGAAGAGGUUACCCCAGUUUUACCUAUUGCUUUUGAGGCCAUGAAGUGGUUUCAAGAGUCGCUUGAAGCAUCAGUGGAUUUUGAAAAUAAAUAUGGUUUUCAUGGUCAACUUUCUGUGAUGUUCUACCUGUUAGACGUUCUUCGCUGUACAAAAUUAUUCAGGGGCCUAAGUGGAUUACAAAGGUUACAAGGUUAUCUAUCUUAUUGGCAAACUAUACCACCAGAGGUUCAAUCACCCUGGAGUGACUAUCACGAGUUAAUUAAAGAUCUGAGAAACCGAUUCAGUCAUUGCAUGGAAGGACUUUCAGAGGACUUCACUAUCUUUAAGGGAAAUACUCCAGCGUCAAAAAUGCUACCUAAACAGAUCGCUGUAUUUAAAGCACAGUAUCUAAGUUACUUCGGUGAAGGCGAAGCCGAGGCUUUGAAGAUGGAGACAAGCGAGGAGCGGUGGGAGUACCGAUGGCAAAAAAUCAAUCGACAUCUUGCUGGAGAUAUUUUUUCAAGUGUAUUCAAAAUUACUCAGUUUGAUACUGAUACUCCGAACAAAACACUUCAGUUACUCAAGCAACUAGCUUAUGAGAAUUGUUGUGAAAACACAGACAAAGACCGGUAUAAAGACCUUUUGCUCUACAUAACAACCAGCAUGGCUCUUCACUCUCCAUACGGCAAGGAUUCGAAAAAACAAUCAGCCAAGCAAGUGGAGCUGCGAGGCGAGGAGUAUAGAGAAAUCUACAAAUAUGUGGAUAGAUUGUACGCAUUGGAAGCGUCAGAUGAAAGGUACAAGAGAAUGUAUACACAUUUGCUUAAGGUGAUGUUUCUUUGGCCUCGAAAAAAUAUAGAGUUGAAUAAUUAUCGAGUUCAAGAUUUUUACGAUUCGUUGCUUAAACUCAAGAAGCGAUGGUCUAACAAAGGAAAGGUCGAAAUAGACGUUGAUAAAAUGCGUAAGCAAAACGUUUACAAACAUAUGGUUUUCAAGAAAGAGCAGAAGCAAUACACCACACUCUUCUACUUGGGCCAAGGUGAUGGGUUAGACGUCUUUGUGCAUAUAAAUGAACUGCCUCAGUCUCGAGGAUCUGUGGACUUUAAGAAUCCUUCAGCUACAGGAAGACUCCAACUUCUUAAGGGAGUGGUUGAAAGUAAAAAUGUCAUCAAAGUUAAGAACCCUUGGGACCAACGUCGAGGCAUCGAUGUUUACUAUUCUUCCUUUCGCCAAGGAGGAUUUUCAAAGGAAGAAGUUUCGUUCUAUCUAGGCUUCAGUUGGCCCCAGCCCAUUGCACUGAACGUUCAAUAUAUUAAUAGAAGUCAUUUGAAGACAUCUGAGGAAUCCUAUGAUCCAGUCUGGGAUGAUCAAACUCAGUUCAGUGUACCCAAGAAUUUUGUCACAUAUGACGAAUACACUGUCAAGAUGGGAAAGUUAAUGAAAAAACUUAGUGAGAUUAAUAGCUUAAAAGAGACGAAGAAACGAAAAGGGAAAUUGGAUGAAAAUCAGGAAAAGAAACUAAGCCGAGAAGAUGACUUGAUGAGUCAACUUCACCAGCUGAGACAGAGCUUUUAUGCCUUGCAUUCCCUUGAAGAAGAAAUAUUUGACUAACACGGGCAUCAAACAAAAUUUAUGGUAGUAUGGCUAUGAUAUGAUUCGUAAGUAGUUAAAAAACUUAGGGAGGUAAAAUCGUGAGAUAGACUUUUCUCGGUGUACCUUGCAGAUGAAAAUGCUCUGAAAUAUUCAGCUUUUGCGGCGGAAACGAAUCGCAUACUCUAGCUUAGAGCCGAUAUUUCGGUUGACUAAAUAAUGUUUGACGGUUGAGUGGUAAAUCUUUUUAUAAAAGUUCUAAACAGCAUUACAACUUAGUUUCAUCAAGUGGCAAAUUUCUUAUUUUAGCUUAUGACUCAACCUUGGAUGAUCAGUUCAAAAAGUUAGACAUCGUGAGAUUAAUGUGAUCUACAACAGACAACUUUGUGCGCAAUUAUAACUUAGGAAACGUAAGAGAUUUUUCCACCGAUACAAAAGUUAGUCAAUAUCUAAUUAAAUAUAAACCCCAGCUGAGUCGAAAAGAAGGGUUAGAAAACUAUUGAGUCGGGGUUGUUUUUGUUUUCUUUGCUAUUGAUUUUGGCCUAUUUCCUUCACAACCAUAUUUCAUUUUUACCUUUAAUCAAGUUGCUGACGUGACGAUAUUCAAAAGAUUCUUCUCAUAAAAAUGGGCAGUUUAGAGAUUGCCACGUGUAUUAAACCAGUGUAAACGUCGAAAGGAAGUAAUUAUAGCUUGUUGGUUUUGUGUUGUUUUGUAAACGAAUUGUCAAUGUUCAGUCUCCACCACAUGUUAGGGGAAGGCGUGAAACGAUGAAAUUAUUGAAACCAAUGAAACUGGUGUCCCAAGACUUUUUUCAAUCACCAUUCACACGUCUGAGUUGAUUAUAAGCAUGAAGUUCAGUCAUGCACACUGCAAAAUGGUUAACCAUUGUACAAUUAAGACCAGAAACUUCCAAAAAUAUUCUCGUCAUUAGUCUAAUGCCGUCAAUGAAAAAGAACUUUCACUUCCCUGCGAUCUAAAAAA